AUGCCUGUGCAUCCUACAUCUUUAACUCGAUUGAGAAUACUAAUUGGUAAUCGAACUCGUCGUAAUUCACAGGAUCGAACCAAUAAUCCUAUCACUAAACCCGCAAAAGCUAAAAUACGCCCCUAUAAGCGAUUUCAAAACUUUGCUAAAUCUGUGAGAAUUAUUGUUACGGCAUGCAUCGCUGUAAGAAAGGAGGUUUCAGCAAAAUCUGGAGGAUUAUCAUUAGCUGAAUUCCAAACUGAUAUUGAAGCAACCUUUUCAGAAAGUCUAGCAUUUCAUCCUCUGUAUAUAGUUAAAAAGCAAGAGCCCAAAGGUAGCGAGAUCUUAAAGAAAUUAUUGGAUAUUCCAGCGGAUAGGAGAACAGAUGCAAUUAUUGAUGAUAUUUUAUCGCAUGUUCGUCGACUGAAAUCCUUCACUAUGUAUUCCAACACAUUACAGAGGCAGCUAUGUCAAGUUUUACGCUAUGAAAGCUAUGGCAAGAGGAGAGUAAUUGUACAACAAGGACAUCUACCGAUUGCUUAUUAUUUUAUUCUCUCUGGAACGCUUUUAGUCAAUAUAACCGAUAGCGAUAUUCGCACUAAUCAGCCAUUCACUCGUACAGUUCAAGAAAUUGGUGAAGGAAAAAGCUUUGGGGAAGUGGCGUUAAUAAAUGGAUCAAGUCGAACUGCAACAAUCGUUAGUAAAGCUUUCGUUGAGUUAUUAGCCAUCGAUAAAGAGGAUUUUCAAAAGACAAUCUAUCAUACAUUUCUACAAGAAAAACAUGCUAAUUUACAAUUCCUAAAAACACUUAAAUUAUUUGAAUUAUGGCCAGUUAAGAUUUUAUACAAUCGUGCAGAUUCAUUUUCCUAUCAUCAUUAUCGACCUGAAUCUGUUAUUGUACAAAAUAGCAAUGAUUCAAGAUGGAUUGCUAUAGUAAAAGAGGGAAAGUGUAAGGUAGUUUGUAAAAUAAAGAGACCAGCUCUAAAUCAAGGCAAAGUAAGAAUCCAUUCCUCCAAACCUAAAUACUCAACGUAUCUUCCUACUUUGCGGCCACUACCUGUAGAAGCUUCUAAACAUAUUGUUGUCGAUGGUCCUGACAAAGAUCGACUCGAUCCUGCAACCCAACUCGUAAAGGACGAGGAUGUAAUUAUGCAGGAGAGUGAUACUAACAUGUUUCAACGCUAUGGCCAGUCGGAAGAGGAAGCAAAUAGAAGAAAGAAAUAUGUAGAGAUAUUACAUAAAAUGGGUAAUGCUCAUGCUGGCCAUUUUCGUAAGCGAAGCUUAUCGGAACCACCACUGCCUACUCGACAGCACAUGCCGAUGAUUAAGAGGAAGCUAGUUCUACAGAAGAAUAAAGGAAGCUAUACUAGAAGAACUCAGAAAAAGUCAAUCUUUCCUCCAGUACAAGAACAAACUGACGAUAUGUUUGUACAAGUUUCAAUACUUAGAAGUGGAGGAAUAUUUGGUUUGCAAAGUAUUGUUAACAGAAAUGCCGUAGAAACUGCUCUGAUCAGUGAAGGAGCAGAGAUCAUCCUCGUUUCCAAGCAAUUAUUUUUGAAAGAAGCAAGCAAAAGUGUAUUGACUAUAUUAGAAAAUUUGACAAUCCAAUAUCCAUCAGAGGUAGCACUCCAAAGGGAAUUGCAGGAACAGCAAUCAUGGCAUAAUUUUAAGAGAUCAUUGAUCACAGAUAUUAUGGAAUAUUCUAAAGAAUGCACCAAUCUAAUAAUCAAAUGUCAACUUGAAUCAUUUUGGUGCAAUCUUAAAAUUAUUUUAGAGCUUCAGAACUGUAAUUGCAGGCAAGGAUUCUUAAUAUCGGCUAGUCUUGAGAGUGAAAAAUCAAUUGGAGUUCAAAUAGAUAUUGAGAUAAAAGAGGAAACAGUCUGCGACUUAGCAUCUAUUAAACAACUCAAUUUUAUCAAUAAAAUAUACGUUAUCUAA